AUGUGUCUCCCAGGGAUUGUUCUGUCAUCGAUGGAUGUGCGUUUUUCAGCUUUUAUGACGCUAGACCUGUUUACCAAGGAUGGAUGGCGUUUUGUGGCCAUCCUGUGGAUGGGACGGCUCACCAGCCUUGCAUGGGGAGGUGUACCCGUUCUUUCCUUUCCGCCUAUUUACCUAUUAGUCAUUGGUUGUAGGCAGGUGGAUAGGGGCGAAUACAGGUCUCGAUUUAGCUGCCGGAGGGUUCCUCCUAUGACAGGCGCUGUGCUUUGGUUCAGUGAAUCUGUUUCCAUUCCCAAUUACUCUGCCUCCUCUUCCUCUCCCUCUUCCUUUUUCUUCUCCUUCUUCUCCUCCGUCUUCCUUGGGGUCAUUCGGCCCGGCACGGGCACUGAUCUCAUCGAGAGAUCAGUCCGUCGUCUCCUCAUUCCAUUGCCUGGGGCGCAGACCUCCCGCCAUUCCACAACCACGCCUUAUUCCAUCAGAUUCUGCGGGAGGCUGCGCCCCCAGGCGACUCUUCACAGAUCUUGCGGGAAACUUACCACUGCAUUUAAAUCGGUGUUUUAA